UGGCACCGUGUGAUUAAAACAGACGUUUAAAAUACCCCCCCCCCACCCCCCUUUAUUUUAUUUUAAGUCUUAAACAAUUAGUAAAACCAGUCUUAUACAUAUCUGAAUAUAUUCUGUGUUAAAAAUGAUAUUUUCUUUAGUACUUAGUUUCACCAGCAGAGGGCGCUUGGCGCUUUGGCCAUCAGUAGUUGACGCCGGAAGGAGGAGCUCAGUCACUACGUGAUGAGCAAGUCAGCAGAACGUGACCAAGCGUGCAGCAGUUAUUGAUUGUUUUAUUGUUUAUUUUCCAGGUAAGCUGGUUGAAACCAACACACAAAUGAUAUGUGACGGUUAUAAUGUGUUUUAAGUCAUUUUCAGAGUAGAAUAAGUUGAGAAAAGGCGCUGUUUAACCGGUUAGAAUGAGUCAGACACCACGUUGUGUUACUAAGAUGGCGGACGUAAAUCGGUGGCGACUGUGGUAACACAUCUGAUGAAUGUUUGAAUGCAGUUGUUUCAAACAUUAAAUAUGUUGCACAGAGAGUGAGUUGGCCCAUCAUUCUUAGCUGUGUAACAUAUUCUGGCGAGCCAGCCAGGAGGGAGUGCUAGUGAAAGAAGACCAUCACCAACCACCCUCCUUCCCAAGAGACGAACCUUCCUCUACCAGAGAUGGAUGCGACGCAGCCUCUGCAUGACCAAAUGCUCCUUACGAAGUGAUGACAUCAUCGUAGUGCCGCGCAGCUUUCUGCCUCUGCUCUGCUCCGUGCGUGUUGUGUGCCCGCUCAGAGGAGAAAGCUUUCCAUUGGAUGUUCAGUGUGCGUUGAUGAACCAAUCUGAGUGUCCAUGCCAGCACAGAAGGCAGCCUCUCACAAGCAGCAGACGACACCAGCGGAGCAGCAGACGGCGAGACACACGACUAUGAGGCUACUAUGGAAGUCUGUGGACAAGAUGAGGUGUCUGAGGAAGCGAUCCACUCUCCCAGUCCUCACCUUCCUCCUCACUUCUCUCCUCUUUUUCAACAUCUACAUGGAUGACGGAUAUGUGCUGGAAGCAGAAAAAAGACCCCUGGGAGAAACGCUGACUCAUCCAGCCAACUCUGAAAGAUACAGUCACACAUUGAGGGAUCUGUCAAAUUUCUCUGGCAGCAUAAAUGUAACAUAUCGCUACCUCGCUGGAGUUCCUUUGCCACGCAAGAAGUAUCUCACCAUUGGUUUGGCGUCCGUCAAGAGGAAAAGAGGAAACUACCUGCUGGAGACCAUCAAAUCCAUAUUUGAUCAGUCCAGUUAUGAGGAGCUGAAGGAGAUCGUGGUCGUGGUCCACCUGGCAGACUUUGACCUGCUCUGGUGUGAGAACCAGGUCCAGGAAAUCACCCGGAAGUUUGCUCACCACAUCAUAGCUGGACGCCUGCUGGUCAUCCAGGCUCCAGAGGAAUACUAUCCAUCUCUGGAAGGGUUGAAAAGAAACUACAACGACCCCGAAGACCGGGUCCGUUUUCGUUCCAAGCAGAACGUGGACUACGCGUUCCUCCUCAACUUCUGCACAAACCUGUCCCACUUCUACAUGAUGCUGGAGGACGAUGUGCGCUGUUCCCGAAACUUCCUGACAGCGCUGAAGAAGGUGAUCACCUCCAGAGAGGGCACCUACUGGGUGAUGUUGGAGUUCUCCAAGCUGGGCUACAUCGGGAAGCUGUACCACUCCAGAGACCUGCCACGUUUGGCACAUUUCCUCCUCAUGUUCUACCAGGAAAUGCCUUGUGACUGGCUCCUCAUCCAUUUCAGGGGUCUGCUGGCCCAGAAGGACGUGAUCCGAUUCAAGCCCUCUCUGUUCCAGCACAUGGGCUACUACUCCUCUUACAAAGGAGCCGAGAACAAGCUGAAGGACGACGAUUUUGAAGAAGACUCCCUUGACAUUCCUGACAACCCUCCUGCCAGUCUCUACACAAACAUCAACAUCUUUGAAAACUACGAUGCCACGAAGGCUUACAGCAGCAUUGUGGACGAGUAUUUCUGGGGGAAACCUCCCUCCACUGGGGACUUCUUCCUUGUAAUUUUCAACAAAUCAACCAAAGUGAGCAGAAUCAAAAUUGUGACGGGCACAGAGGACAGACAGAAUGACAUUCUUCACCAUGGAGCCCUGGAAGUUGGCCAGACGUCAGUGGAGACUAAACAGGGCAGACAGUGUACAUCCUACAUUACAUUGGGGGAGUUUAAGGCAGGAAACAUUGAGGUCAACAAGGUGGACUACAAAAUUGGUUUUGACAUUGAGUGCAUUAGAAUAGUUAUUACAGCCAGUCAAAAAGAAUGGCUCAUCAUAAGAACUAUCAGUCUAUGGACCACACAGCCUGCUAACCAAUGAGAAGACCAGGAGUUCAUUUCUGUACAUUUUGUCGUCAAAUAGACUUUUGCUGUCUUGUGAAUGCAAAUCAAUCCAGAUUUUCUUGGGUUGUUCUUGGGCUGUAAAGAAUGUAUUAAAAUACUGUCUGUGUACAUGGAAACCUUUAUAGUUAUUUCAUUCUGGAGAAAAAUCUCUUUUCAAAACAGUA